AUGAAGCAAAUAAGAAGAAGCUCAACCCUCUCCGUCCCCGACCGCAUCUCGGGUCGUCCGCAUCAUGGCGAGGGUCACAAGCACCGUGAUAGCGGCACCGCAGCACUUCCCUCCAGCGGCAAGGUGCCAAACGCAAAGAAGCCCAAGGCCCGGCCGCCAAACACGCUGCGCGAGAAGAUCGGCUUCCUCCACAGCUCUCUACCCAAAUACACCGGGCCGUACAGCGUCGGCACCAUGGACAUGGAGCUCCCAGCCAAACGUCCCUCCAACUUCUCCCACAUCAAGCGCAACCACCGGCACCUCCUCCGCCUCGAAACGGUGCUGUUCACCCUCUACUACCCGACCACCCCACCAUCGACCCGGGGGAAGCCUCCGGACGGCCGCAAGAAGUGGUCGCGACCCACAUGGUUGCCGCGGCCCCGACGCCAGGUCGCCCGCGGCUACGGCCGCUUCGCCGGCAUGGGCGAGGGCCCGGCCGUCCCCUGGUUCGCCGCCACGACCAUGUUCACCAAGCUGCCCGCCUGGCGCAACGCCCCGCUGGCCACGCACUGGCCGCCCUUCGCCGGCCGCGACGGCCCGUCGCGGCAGCAGGGCCAGGAAGAAGGGCCGCUGCCGCCGCCCUUCGUGGUCGAGGACGCGCGGGCUGCUUCGAUGGUGGGCCACGGAGCCGAGGAUGGUGGCGAUGGCGAUGAUGGCGAGGGCUGCUGGGAGGAGGAGUGGGACGAGGAGGCGUGGGAGCGGCGCAAGAUGCCCAGGUUCCCGCUGAUGGUCUUCAGCCACGGCCUGGGCGGCAAUCGCACCGCCUACUCGAGCGUGUGCGGCGAGUUCGCCAGCUACGGCUUCGUCGUGUGCGCGCUCGAGCACAGGGACGGCAGCGGGCCGCGGACAUACGUCAACCACCGCCAUAAGAAGCCGUGCAUCAAAGCCACCGCGCCCGCCACGGCGAAUGCCCUCUUUGAAAAGCGGCGGCGACGCUCGUGCGGGGUGGAGCAGAAAAAGAACGAUGGUGAUUCAACAUCUCCCGAGGACCUUGACAGCGGCGACGAAGAGGAAGAUCCCAUGGCUUUUCACCAGGAGGAUUGCAAGUGUGAGAUAGACCACACGCGCAAACAGUGCGUUGAGGGCUACGAUCGGAUCGACUACAUCUUCCCCAAAGGCAACCCGAUCGACACGUCGCCGCACGCUGAGAAGGGCGUCGACCGCGAGCUGCGGGCGGCCCAGAUCGCUUUCCGCCUCGCCGAGAUCGAGGAGGCGUACGCCGUGCUGCGCGAGAUCAACCACGGUGCCGGUGACCGCGUGGCAGCGGCUAAUCUGCGCACGAAGGGGUAUAGAGGCGCGAGCUCCCGCGGGCUAGAGGGCGUGGAUUGGGCAAGCUGGAGAGAAAGAUUUCACUUGAGAGAUGUGACGGUGGUGGGGCAUUCGUUCGGCGCGGCGACGACGGUGGAGAUGCUGAGGGAGAAGCAGAGGGAGAGGUUCCACUGGGUUGGCCAGGGUAUCAUGUAUGAUAUCUGGGGCGCAGCCGUGCUACCGGCGCCAGGUGACGAUGGUGUAGGCCGAUGCGGUGGUGGCAGUGGCAGCGGCAGUGACGACGACGUCGAGGGAGAGACGGAGGAGAAGCAGCGCUCGGCACCAAACAACAGAGUGUCAGCCAACACCACUUCGCCUUCUACCUCCGCCCCCGCGAGCAGCAGCAGCAGCAGCACAUCCAUCACUUCCCAAUCCUCAUCACCAACCCUCGACGACCCCGCCAAUCCCUCAUCUCCAGACCCCACCGGCAACGCCAUCUCCCGCCCCCUCCUCGGCAUCAACUCGGAAGCCUUCAUGUACUGGCCCAGCAACUUCCGCACCGCGGCCUCCCUCACCACCUCGGCCCUGUCCGACCCGAACCCCUGCCCGGCCUGGCUCCUCACCGUCCGCGGCACCGUGCACCUCUCGCAGUCCGACUUCUCGCUGCUCUACCCGGGCACCUGCGCCCUGCUCCUCAAGCAGACGGCCAACCCGCGCCGCGCCAUGGACCUCAACGUCGACGCCAGCCUCGAGUUCCUGCUGCGCGUGCUGCCCGCCGCACACACCAACGGCCUGGUCAGGCGGAUGCUCGGCGCGCACGGGACCACCGAGGGCGGCGGCGUGAGGGUGCUGGACGCCCCCGUCGAGGACGAGGUGCCGGAUGUGCGGAGGCCCGAGGAGAAGUGGAUUGGUGGCAGGCUGAAGGUGCCGCAUGAGUUUAGGAGUAGGGUGUUGCCGAAGUUGGUGCGGAAGGUGAAGAGGCAGAAGGGGAGGAUGAGGGAGGGCGAGGGGGGUGGUGGUGGUGGUGCCGAGGGGGAUGACGGGGCGUGGAGUGAGGUGUGGAUGCAUGUGAAGUGCCCUGAGGAUGUGUUGGAGGCGUGGAAAAGGGAGAGGGAAGCGAGUGGGAGGACAGUGUGA